GCAGCCCACCCUUGGAUGGCAGAGAGGACAGAUUGCCCACGAAGGGGAGGCAGAGUGGGUCCUCAGCCAGCCUCUGGCUCUCACAGCUCAGGCCCAGGCCUGGACGUUUCACAAAACAAGAAAAAAGAGCUAUGUUAUGUGAACAUUUCCCGUCCUGCUCCAGCCCCCUCCCUGGCAGGAUUGCCACAUGGCUCACCUGUGAGGCAAUCUUGCCCAGAGAGAGCCGUGUGUUCCUGCCAAGGGCCGCCUAUAAAUGCUGGGGCAGCGAGGCGCUGGCGAGUGCACGCGUGUCUCCUGGGCUCUGAGUGCGAGAAGACGACAGCCGAAAUGUCACUGCUGGAACGCAGCUUAGAAACCAUUAUCGAUACCUUCCACCAGUACUCUACGAAAGCAGGGCACCCAGACACCUUAAACAAGAGGGAAUUCAGAGCUCUGGCGAAGACGGAGUUGCCAAACUUCCUCAAGUGUGGAGACAUAAAUGAUAUCAUGGAGGACCUGGACACAAACCAGGACCAGCAGCUGAGCUUCGAGGAGGUCAGCAUGCUGUUCGCCAGGCUGACCAAUGCCUCCCAUGAGAAGAUGCACGAGGGCCACCACCGUGGUCAUGACCACAGCCAUGGGCCAGGUCUCGGAGAGGGAGGCCAAAGCAAAGGUUGCCAUUAAUCAGGAGGCCAGGCCACCCCGCACCUGCCCAACCAGGUUCACGGGAAAUGUGUGCUACAUCACCUUGAAUGUGGGGUGGGGCUGGGGUAAAUAAAGUCUUCGUGUAUACCAGU